AUGCAUAGAUUAAAUUUGAUAAGUACAAAAGAGGUGUCAGAAAUUGUAAGCUGGUACACCCAUGUCUGUGCUGGAACCAUGCAAGGAUACCGAGCAACGGAAGAAGAUGCGUCGGUCAUUUUGGCGUCUCUGAAAAACUUCCCAACCUGCAGGCUUUGUACUAUAUUCGAUGGCCAUAUAGGAAAAGAGACAGCCUUGUACUGUGCUCGAAAUAUAGCUGAUUUUAUAGGAAACUGUGAAACGUUGGAUGCCCAAAACAUAACAGAUGCCUGUAUCCAAAUGGACAAUGAAAUUUUAAAAAGCAAUUUUGCCAAUAGUGGGUCUACAGCAAUCAUUGCUAUAAUUGAAAAGGUUGUAAACAAAGAUGUUUUCAAACUUUAUAUUUGCAACUUAGGAGAUUCUAGGGCAAUGCUAAUAAAAAACGACGGGUCAUUUAUCUCAUUAAGUGAAGAUCAUAAACCUAACAACAAAACGGAAAAGGAGAGGAUUGAUAAAUUAGGCGGAUUUGUGGAGAAUGGAAGGAUACUUGGCUACAUUGGCGUAUCGAGAUCGUUUGGGGAUAAAAGCUAUAAAGGGAAGAGUAAUGCGCCUUAUAAUCCGCACGAGACGAUGAUAACUUGUGUACCGGAUAUUAAAAUAUUUUACGCAAAUUGUGAUGACAUUUUAGUAUUGGGAUGUGAUGGAAUAUUCGAAAUGCUUUCAUGGAGUGAUGUAGCAAAAUUCAGUUAUGAAUGUGUCAAUAGAUACACUCUAAGUGAUGCGGUUAUUAAUAUAUUAGAUUAUGCAUUGUUAUCUGGUUCUAGAGACAACAUAACAGUCCAAAUAGUUAAAUUUUUUAAUGAACAAACAGAGAAUUCCUAUUUUCGUGAAAAGUUAGUACCAAGCAUUUAUAUACGUGACGAAAAGGUAACGAAGUAUGAAUUCUAUGGGAAGUUUUUAAAUAAAUACCACAUAAAUGAUAGGAAUAUUAUUAACAUCUUAAUGGAAUAUUGCACAGAAGUAAAGGAAAAGGGGUGUUCCAUUGAACCAUUUUUAAAAAGAAUUCGAGAAAAUAAAAACACGCAUAUCAUAUUAAAUAGGAGAAAUAAAAAUAAAUUCAAACAUUUAACUUUACCAAUUUUGCAAGAAGAUCUGAAAACUAAUAACGCCUUUAAUGCGAUGGAUGAAGACGAUUUCAAUAACAUGAGAGAAUUCUUUAGAGAAUAUGACAAAAAAAUAAAAAUUCUCAAUGGUUAA